AUGGCUGCUUCCAGUGUUGGGAUGGUUGUAAGUCAUGGCCGCUCUCAAGUUAGACUGCUGUUCUUCAAUCCACAGGUUGCUUUGCUGGACUUUGGUGCAACAAGAGGGUUUGAUGAGAGUUUCACUGAUGUUUAUAUUGAGAUCAUCAAGGCUGCAGCAGAUAACGAUCGGGAAGGAGUGCUGAAGCGAUCCAUAGAUAUGAAGUUCUUGACUGGUUACGAGUCUAAGGCCAUGGUGAACGCCCACGUGGAUGCGGUGAUGAUCCUGGGUGAGGCUUUUGCCGCCAAAGAGCCAUUUGACUUUGGAUUGCAGAGCACCACGGAGCGCAUCCACAACCUCAUACCCGUCAUGCUGAAACAGCGCCUCAUCCCUCCACCCGAAGAAACCUACUCCCUGCACCGCAAAAUGGGUGGCUCCUUCCUCAUCUGCUCCCGCCUGAAUGCUAAGCUAUGCUGCAAUAACAUGUUUAGAGAGGCCUACAGCAAUUACUGGAGCAAUAAGAAGAAAGGUCCAAGCCAGUGACACAGGGCUUUUUAAACAAGAGAAACUUGGAUAAGCACAAAAUGCUCUGGCCAGUCACUCAAAUGUAAACGAACGGCACUUUUGUCUCAAUUGUCUCAACCAUACCGUCAUACAUGUUUUUGGCUUUUGUUUUCCCUUUUGAGUGUGUUAAUGGGAAAUCAUGUCCAUGAUUAUCCAUGGUCGUGUGGUGCAAAGAAUGCUAUUCAAACGAAUGUAUCUGUAUGCCUAUGGAAAUUCCUAUAACGGGGGAAAGUUGGUUACUCAUCAGGCGUGGCGAUUGGCUGUAGAACAUUUCAUAACCAAGCCAACAGUUUUUUCCAGGUUGCCGGACUACGCUUGUGAGGACCGUCUCACUAAAUCAGUAUAUUAACUGUUUGAGAAAGCAUUAAUGUUUAUUUUUCUUAUUUCGGUUUGUGAAUAUUGUGCACAAUAUUGGCUAAAGUAUGAUAAAGGGAAGUUCCUGAAAGAAAAGCUCGGUAAUCAGUGCAGGUUUUGAUGUACCUGCUACAGUCACUUACGUGUUAUCAGUGUAGGUUGGCUACAAGCUAGCUUGUAAAACUACCACAACUACUUAGUCAUAAUCCAUUUUAAAAAGCUAGGAUCUUAAUAAUAUCACGUCUCUGAUCUGUGAGAUGUACAUGAAUUUAAAUGUGUCUACAUGAAGGUGAGAACGUGAAAGCAUUAUGGUUUGAUAUCAGAGCAUUGAUGAAAAAGGUGUUUU